ACUAGCGCUUCCCGUUCCAGCGUGCUCCGGCGCUGCUACUCCGGCUUUAGGAAUUUAUUAGCCAGUUAGCUAAAUUCCGCAAGAAAAAACAAACAAAGAAACAAACUAGCAAACAUAGGGCUAAAGUCAGCAGGAUAUCUUUAAGGGCGAAAAAACAACUUUCCAUGGCGCAGAAGAAGGAAAAGAGAGGCAGAGAUUUAGCGCUAACGAACGACGGAACAAGUCAAAUGAUGCGGAUGUAAUAAUCAUAAUAAGUUGGCGUAAACAUUAACGCACGCGCAGGAAGAAACUAAACAUUAGCUAGUGGACUAUGUGAGCGUUCACAUCUGCACAGAAAGCUUUCUUCUGCCAGUUUCUUCUGCCAGUUUGUCUGAUUUGAAGAAGACGAAGGUGCCAGAAUGGUGAAGCAGGCUGUUCCUCGUCGUGCUUUGUCUCGCUCCUUCAAACAUUCCUCUCGAACAGAACUCUCAUCACCUUUAACCCCCUGGACCUCUCCGUCACCUCCGACCCUGAGUCACGACCCCUCCUCUGUUCUGGGGUGGAAUCCAAGCAGCGUUCCUGACCAUGUCUACCUUGACGCCGCCGCCAUUUUCCGAAACGCACACCAAGACAAGGCUGCCGCUCACCGGCUCAUCAGCUACGGGAAGAGGUCGAAGGUAACAGUACUGAAGGUCAAGGACGAGGUGUGGCAGCGUAGGGCCUACGAGCUGGCCUUCAACACGCUUAAAUAUCAGGAGCUGUUGGAGGACAUCAUGAUCGACAGCAGCUUCUAUUCGUCUAAGCCAGUGCCGGAUGAUCUGAUGAGUUUGGUGGCCGUCAUGUUGUACGACUUGCAGGACCGUAAGUUCCUCCCACGUGAACGACCGGCCAAUCGGAACAAGCAGGAGGAGGUGGCUAAGGUCAGGGAAGUGGAAAACUGUCUGCUCAGGUUUAAGACGAAGCUGGCGGCAUCUUUAGCGCGCUGCAGAAUCAAACAUGACCUACUGAACAUCGACUGCAUGCUGCCAGAGAGCGUCAGACAGAGGCAGAAGAGGGGGUCCAACCUGCCCAUCUACGCCUGGAUUAAUACACUGCGUGCCAGUAUGCAGGAAGUGUGUGAGGUGUUGAAGACUGCAGGUUUCUCCCAUGUGAAAUCCAUCACACAGUUGGAAGGACAGACAUUCUGUGAGGACCUACACUGCCUCGACCUGCUGGUGUUUCCCAUGUGUGCGAAAAGAGAACUACAAAAAACGAAUCUGCUGAAAGAUUGCAAGCUCUUCAUCCAGGAUAAGUCGUGCUGCGUAGGUCCGUGGGCAUUGCGCCCGUUUUUGGCUUCGGAUGGAGACGUGAUUAUGGCCGGAUCUUUCUCCGCAGCAACUGUGGCUCAUACAGCUGCCAUCGUCACUGCUGCACACACUCUCAUACACACUUUUCCUCACUCCAGCAAACAGGCUCGCAGCAGCAUGCGGGUGUUUGUGUGUGUGGGGGAGUGCUCGAGUGUUCAGAGAGAUGAACUGCAGGAGGUCCUCAGCAGCAUGGGCUGCAGCAAUGUGAAGCUGCUACCUGAGGCUUUCCACAAUCUGGAUGUGUGUGACACACGUCUGCAGAAGGUUCAGCUCAUCCUGCUGACUCCGCAGUGUUCUCUCUCUGCAGUCUCAAACCCUGUAGACUACCUGCUGCGGGAGAACGGAGACAAAGAGCUGCUGCAGGAUCUGUCCCAGGGCUCUGUCUCGCAGUCCAGACUGCACACACUCGUCUCCGAACAGAAGCGAGACCUUCUGCAUGCCCUCAGCUUUCCUAAAGUGCGAGUCGUGGUGUACUCCACCUGUUCCUCCCUUCCAGAUGAGAACGAGGAAGUGGUGAAGAGCGCUCUCACACUCACAGAGCAGGACAACUCCAAACUACAGCCUUUCACGCUCAGCCACCCAUCUUUCCUGCGGUAUGAUAAAGAAGAUGGCAGUGGAGAAAAGAAGGCUGACUUUUUCAGGCUUGAAGCUUCUGAUCAGAGUAACGGCUGCUUCUUAGCCGUACUCACACGCCAGUCUGAGCCAGAAGUGACUGAGACUCCACAGGAAGUCAUAGCUCGUGCCACCGCUAGCGGCUUGCUGGACGGGAUCCAGCCGACUCAGCCGAUCAAGAAAGAGGGGCGUGGCCGACAGACACGCAAAGGACCUGCUUAUCAAUCUCGCCGGCGACCCCACGUCUCUGUUAGCAGCCAGUCGCAGGUGGCUGAGUUCCUGAACCGUGAGGUGAAAGCGAAUAGCUCAGCCUCAACAGCGGCACAGGAGAGAACAAACGGCACACACUCGUCUUGGGUCUCAGGAAAAUCCAAACCAACUCAUCAGCACCCAUCCAAGCCCACCUCCUCCAACGCAACCUCCACCUUCUCCAAUCCAAGCCAUGCCUCCAUCACAGGACUCACCUCCUCCUCCUCAACAGGCCUCACCUUAUCUUAUACAAGCCCAACCUCAAUUAUUACAGGCCCAGCUUCCUCUACUCCUUCCAACACUGCCCACACCUUCUCCACCACAGACCCCACCUUAUUCAGCACAGGCUCUGCUUCAUCCAUCAAUGGACUCACCGUCACCUCCCUAACAGAGGGCCCUGCACCAUCCUAUAGGACCCUGAAUCGAACCAGUGGCCGCCGAGCUGCUGGUCCUGUAACUCCACCCCCUGCCCCACCCAGAGGCAGACAGGAAGUCCUGCGUCCUGUGUUGAUUUCAUUUCCUCCUCCUCAGUUCCCAUCGCUGUGUCCACCAUCUGCUCCAGUUAAGAUCAAAACCCCUCUGUUGUACCAGAACUGGAGGAUCUGGUCACGCCCUACCCCACUGACACACACACGAUUCGGGCGCAGCAUGCGCCCAUGGCUCUGACACACACACCCACACACAAAUAUAUAAUAUAUAAAGCCAUGUAAUAGUGCCAAAAGUAUUGCCUUUGUUUCUUCAUGUGUUUCGGCUCGAUGACUAAAUGAUUGUAUAAUAAUUAUUAAUACCUGUUUUAUUCUCUAGACUAAAACCUGUAUAUCAUUUUGCUAAAAGCAGAAUUAAACCUUUAACACAGC